AAAAUCUUUCUCCUGUCGAUUUUCAUGUAGCGCUGAGUUUUCUGCAGAGGGCCCUAAAUUUGUACCUCAGCCGACUAUUCGUGCAACGUCGCUUGUUUCGCUGUGUUUGAGUGCGUGCCUCCUGCCUCGUUUCGCUGUGUUUGAGUGCGUGCGUAUCGGCAGAGAACCAGACUUCCCCAUGUGCUCGCUCAUGCGGGUGCCAUGUGUGCUUCUCGGCGUAUUGUUGACUCUACAGCGACGACGGUCGUCAGGUUUCCCGGCGACCGUCGUCGUCAUCUUUCAGUGUUUGAGUCAUUCGGUUCGUUGCCAACCAAUCCUGUGCGGACGGGCAGGCGGGGUCGACCGUGGCCUCCACGGCUCACAUUCUUGUCUUGACCUGAAAGUUGUUUAUUCAAACGUCGUUAUUGUACUCUGCGAACGUCGGGACCGUCAGCGAUGA